AAAAUCAUAGCCGUAAUGUCCACCACUCAAACCAAUACUCAAAAAAUAUUUGAACGAUUUGAGUUCUUUUUGGGUAUAAUUAAUCAAAUGUGUAUUGGUUUCGUUACGAUCUUCAUGACAUGGUACUGUAUAAGUACCGGUCUUCAGAUAGACUUAAUGCUGCAUGCCUGGCUUGUGACAAUUGGAUUCUGUUUUCUGAUGGCUGAAGGCAUUAUGUCCCAUUGGACUGGUAAUGCACUCACAUUCACAUACAAACGCCAAACAAAAACUCAUUUACAUUGGAUAUUAGAAGCACUUGGGGGUGGAUGUGGAGUCGCUGGGUGUCUUAUAAAACUCAUACCCGACCAAUUUGUAUUAAAAAGUAUUCAUAGUAAACUAGGUUUUUCUGCUUUUAUUCUAUGCUUGGUGAGCAUGUUGACGGGUCUAAGUGCAAUAUUUUCUAUGCGACUCAAAAAAUUACUGAGUCCAUUGUACAAUAAAGCAUUUCAUAAUCUAUUGGGAGUUUCUACGUUUGUAAUAGCGUUGGUGGCUCAAUACUACGGAUAUUCAUUUUUCGUUUGGUUGCAUCUGAAUCCUGGACUAAUAACUUUAUUACAGUGUAUAACACUUGUCUCUAUGGUAUUAACUUGUUGGGGACCGUUUAAAGCGCUAUUCAAUAAAAUUGUCUCAAUGUUUAAUUAAAAAAUAUGAUAUUGAGAGGGUGUUGUUAAUCAA